UGUUUCUUGAUUUUCUUGCCUUUCUAACCUGGUAUCCCCAGAGGGCACAAACAUUUUGUCACUAUGUAACAAUGUUUAUUAAAUGAAAGAACCGCAAUACAAUAUUUCCUUUUAAAUCAUCACACAGAUUUGGUUCUAAGUAAAUAAUGCAAAAAAAAAAUCCACACAGAACCAAUAAAGGCUGUAAAUUUAUAUAUAGUGAUUAUAAAAAUACAAAGAUCUAUUUGCUUGUGUCCUCUUUGCUAUCCAUGUUAUUCUGCUGGCUAAUUAUGUUAAUCUCGUGAUCAUGGGGUUCUCUGGUCUAUAAAAUAUUUAGAUGAUUAACAAUCAUUCUUCUAUAUUAUUUCUCACAAUUAAAGAGGUGUACUUACUCAAAACAAUAAGAAUGAAAAUAAAACAUUAAGAAAACAAAACAAAGGCCUGUGGCUCCUCCUCCAAGCAACCCCCCUCCCAGUGGUGAUGAAUGGGAGGGACUGUAUCCCCCCUCCCUCGGGAGGCUAUCUUUUCACUGUUUUAGGCCGUUUUGAAAUUCUUUUCUUUAGAACAGGUAUUUUUAAUCAAACAAAGCAGUUACUGUUCCUGUGGUUGGCGCACGACCAGGGCCGAGGACACGGACGGGCAACAAGGCUGGGCUGGUGAGAUGCGGUCAGUUUGGUGAUGGAGCGUCUAAAGAUGCGCCUUUCCCUGGUCUGCGAACCGUUCACACUUUGAAUGAAUCCAUCUUUACAGGCUUUCCCUACCGGAAUGUGGGCUUUCUAGGCGUGCGGUUUUCUCUAGAAUCUCUCGGAAGGACACGGCCACGAGAGAGGCGAGGAUAACUGGGAGACUUUGUGGUUGGUGGGCCUGGCGGCAGGCUGAGAGCCGCUGCUGGGAGGGCGUGACUGGCGGAGGCUGGAGGUUCGGCUUUUUCACGCUAGCUGCAUCCAGAUGUGCAAACCACGGAUCACCAGGAAGGCUUCGCCGCGUAGCCCCGGCCUAAACGCCUUCCAGGAGGUUUGUCCCUGCCUGCGCGCCGUGCCCUGAGCUUUCAGGCAGGGGAAGCGCGCGGACAUGGGCGAGACCAUGUCAAAGAGACUCAAGUUCCACCUAGGAGAGGCGGAGAUGGAGGAGCGGUCGUUUCCUAAUCCCUUCCUAGACUAUGAGGUCGCUGCCUCCGCCACGGGGUUCGCCUCUGGAACUGCGGAGGAAACAGGCCGUGUUUGCCCUCUUCCCACCACAGAAGACCCGGGCCUCCCUUUCCACCCCAACGGGAAGAUGGUGGACUGUUUAGGAAGGAUGAGAAGGUGUGACCGUGUUGGAGGAGGUAUAUCACUGAUUGUUCCUAACUUGAUAAAGCGUAUCCAGACCAAAAUUAAAGAUCUUCUGCAGCAAAUGGAAGAAGGGCUGAAGACAGCUGAUCCCCAUGAUUGCUCUGCAUACACUGGUUGGACAGGCAUAGCACUUUUGUACCUGCAGCUGUACCGGGUCACUGGUGACCAGACCUACCUGCUCCGAUCCCUGGAUUAUGUGAAGAGAACACUCCGAAAUUUGAGUGGACGCAGAGUCACUUUCCUUUGUGGAGAUGCUGGGCCCCUUGCUGUGGGAGCUGUGAUAUAUCAUAAACUCAAAAGUGAAUGUGAGUCCCAGGAAUGCAUCACAAAACUUCUACAGAUGCAUAGAACUAUUGUCUGCCAAGAAUCAGAGCUUCCUGACGAGCUGCUGUUCGGACGGGCAGGAUACCUGUAUGCCUUACUGUACCUGAACACAGAAAUCGGCCCUGGCACUGUUGGUGAGACAGCUAUUAAAGAGGUAGUCACUGCUAUUAUUGAGUCAGGAAAGAGGCUAUCUCGGGAAGAGAGGAAAAGUGAGCGCUGCCCUCUGUUGUAUCAGUGGCACAGGAAGCAAUAUGUUGGAGCAGCCCAUGGUAUGGCUGGCAUCUACUACAUGUUAAUGCAGCCAGAAGCAAAAGUGGACCAAGAAACCUUGACAGAAAUGGUGAAACCCAGCAUCGAUUAUGUGCGCCACAAAAAAUUCAGAUCUGGAAAUUAUCCAUCUUCAUUAAGCAAUGAAACAGAUCGAUUGGUCCACUGGUGCCACGGUGCUCCAGGAGUCAUCCACAUGCUCUUACGGGCAUACCAGGUUUUUAAGGAGGAAAAAUACUUGAAAGAGGCCAUGGAGUGCAGUGAUGUGAUUUGGCAGCGAGGUCUGCUCCGGAAAGGCUAUGGAAUCUGCCAUGGAACUGCUGGAAAUGGUUAUUCCUUUUUGUCCCUUUAUCAACUGACACAGGAUAAGAAGUAUCUCUAUCGAGCUUGUAAGUUUGCAGAGUGGUGUCUAGAUUAUGGAGCUCACGGAUGCCGCAUUCCUGACAGGCCUUAUUCCCUCUUUGAAGGUAUGGCUGGUGCUGUUCACUUUCUUUCUGACAUGUUGGUACCAGAGACAGCACGGUUUCCGGCAUUUGAACUUGGCUUUGUGCAGAAGGAUUAAAAAGGUGCAAAAAGACAACUAACAUACUCGUUGGACCAAAAGCCACCUGACUGAUUAGUGCCUGACACAGAACCUACUGUAAACCCUAAAAGAGGAAGACAGAAGGACAGAAACCUUCACAAGCCCCUUUGUUGCAAAGACCCCCAAUUAGAGCAUGAGCGAUAGAAACCUUGUCAUAAGCAUUCUGUGACAGUGUGUCCAUUAAAGGUGUGAAAUCUGACUCCUUCAUCUCUAGGCUCCUUGUAGUGUGCAUGUUUCUUGGUGCUUGUCUAUAGGUGAAAAUUGAAUAACUAGAAAAACCACACUCGUUACAUGAACUCCUAGCUGAGCACGUGUGAGUGUUAAAAGGGACAGGCACACAUUUUUGUAUAUAGUACCUAAACUAGGGUGUCAUCUCUAUCAUCAAAGAAAUAGUCGUGUGAUGUCUAUCUUGACCAUCAGCUACCAGAUGUAGAUAUCCUGUGAGAAUACCGUGUUAGCAUUUUCCAUGGGCAUGCGUGAGAGACAGCUUCCCAAACCAGAAGGAAAGUGGGCAAGUCAGUGUGCACUGCGGAGCUCAGGAAGGCCCAGUUGACACCUCUUCGCUCUUUGUGUCUUGUGGUCAAUGUAAUUAAUGACUAAGCAUUAGGAAUUCUGAAACGUUUACCCAGAUACAUAUUAUUAAAACAGACACCUCCUUGCUGUUUUCAGAAUAUCUUAUUACUAUUUAAAACAGAGUAGCUGUAAUGUCAGAAAGAUCUAUCCAUGUCCCUUCAAAAAUUUAUUUCACAUUUUGGUAAAUUAUUAUGAAUGUGAAAUUAAUAUAUUCCUUAUUUUUCAUCCAGUUUGGGAUGAUAAAAUAAAUUCUAGGCUGAAUUUAUAUAUGUAAGAGCCAAAAUAUUUUAAACAAGAUAAUUAUUAUCUGGGUGAUUUCUAAAAUUAUUUUUAAGGACAUUAAUUUUGAUUCGCAUAUGGUUAGAAGUCUUGUCACAUAAAUUUCAGAGUUUGAUUGUUGUACGAGUGGGCUAGAUUUUCUAAGCAUGUUUUGUUCUGUAAAGGAAAUUAAUAUGUUUCUUGAAGGAAGCCCCUGUCUUGUAAACUCUUCUCAGCAUCAGUGUGGAGCUUGUAGGGCCCUGAUUUUGGCCAAGGGCCCUUUGAGCAGCAGCAGUGGUAGUGACUCUCCCCAGUAUUUUCAAUUAUAUUUGUUUGAUAGUUACUAGUAUCUUUCUGACCAACAUGCUGAGGGAAAUAUAAAAUGCCCAUUGAAGAAGUGGAGAUCAUUUCGUUUACAGAUUUUCUUUUAAGAUAGGUGGAUUGACACCUUCCUGCUUUCCAGUAGGUGACAACACAUGUGCAUUUCAUUGGCAACAUUGAUUUCCUUCCUUGUAUCCACUACACAUACCGCUGUGCAUCCUGUGAGGCUGCAGUGUCAUCCCAUGAGGGAAAGGAGAAAUGGCAUGUGAAUCAGGCCACAUAUGGCCAUUUCAGAGUUAUACGAGAUUGAAAUCAAAUUUAAGAACAUCUCACUUUUGUUUCUUAGGCUUGUAUUAUGUCAGCAACUGUAUUCUAAAUGUGUUGGAAAGCUUAAAAUAUGCACACAAAAUACCAUUUUGAAAUCUUAAGGGAAAAAGUUCAUGUUCACAAAGAAGUGUUUGGGGUUCUUUGGUUUUGUUAAUAAAAGACAGUUUUGUGGUGAUGACUUA